UACUAAGGUAUUUGUAGGAGAUUUAGCGCAUAAGCCCAUGUACACGAGACUUUUAGGUGUGUUUCACAAAUGUACAUGCCACAAACACAGCCUGUCAUGAAGCAGUUGGCUCAAAGGUUUUGGUGUUGUACCUGUUGUUAGCCUGAGGUAGAAACACACCCACACACAAGAACUGUGAGGUUUCAUAUCAUUUCAUCACUGGAUGCCUUCUGUGAGCUGCUACUGAAAAUGGUUACUACUACUUUGAAUGUAUUUCGAGAUUCGUUUAUCAAGAACAAUUCCAGACUAACUCAAAUAUGACUACAUUAUCUCAUGGUCACCUGAAGUUGGUUCUUACAGUGACAUUUAAAUGAUCUCUGUGCUGGAGGUAUAUGCAGGUGAGUUAGCAGGUUUGUUUAUCUGUUUCCUUAGGCGACCGGCCGAUGUGCUUUAAACACGAAUUGGUCUGACCUCGAUUUUCAGUCUGUGUUGAUCUUCCUUUGCUUAACACUCCUCUGCUCAGUCUUUCACUUCUUUGUUUCUCGUCGUCGCCAUUGUCAUCGUCAUCGUCGUUGGCUGUGGUUAUUAUAUGUCUACAGAGCAAUAGGCUUGGAUAUAUUGCUGAGGCACACUAUCAUGGCAUCCUCAGACAUGGCUUUUGUACAGAUAAACAUGACAUGUGCAAUAUGCACAGAAGUUUUUACAUCUCCGAGAUUCCUGCCCUGUCAUCACACCUUCUGUCUAGAGUGCCUGGAGCAACUGGCAAAUCGCCAUGGAAACACCAUCCCGUGUCCUACCUGUAGAGCUCCUGCUACUGUACCGCCAGGUGGUGUGUGUGAUCUACAAGUCAACUUCUACUUCACGGACGAAGCUCUAGAGCAGGCGCGUAGAGAUGAAAGCCAUUCAAAGUGUCCUGUACACACUAAAGAACGUGUCCUAUUCUACUGUACACAGUGUGACCAAGCCAUCUGUAUGAGAUGUAAGCUCACUAGACACGAGGGGCAUGUAACCGAAGAUCUGUCCGAGGCCGCAAGUCGUUGUCAGCACACCAUUAAACAGGAACUGCAUCGUCUAGAGGAAUCCAUUGACCACGUCACAAACCAAUUAGAAUGUUUGAAAAGAAAUCAGAAACUAGCCCGAGAGAAGCGAAAUGGAAAUUCGAAACAGAUUCAAGUCCGGUUUGACUUUAUUGUAGCAAUGGCAAAAGAAUAUCAUGACCAAGCACACCAACAACUGGAAGAAAUGUCCAAUAGUUUGGAAGAUGAAAUGGCUUCUGACACACAGCGAGUACAAAGCGAACUUGACUCCCUUCUUCAGCUUAAAAACCGCACCACACUGGCCCUGACUUCGGCCAGUGACACGGAGGUCCUGCAGGUGGAGAAAGAGAUAACAAAGGGAAAAGGAAGCUCCGAGUGCCUACAAGAACUUGAAGACAGACUGCCUGAUAUGUGUUUCUGUCCCGGCCUCCAUGGCGACUUCACCAACGACAUUAAAGAGGACAUCAAGAGGUUGAUUGGGAUCCCAGUCAGACUGGACUUUCCGAUUGUACAAAACGUGGACAUGGAAUGCCUGGGUCAAUGUGAUGAUAGGGAAAGUAGGGAAGUGCACGCUCUUCGGCAAAGAGAGGAUAAAAGUAUUGAUGUCAUUUAUGGAGGAACAGGAGGUGACUUUUCCAAAGAAAUAUACGUGAACUGGGGGUCUGCAGGCUCUAAAGUUAUAGUUCACUCAUGUGAAACGCGGAUAACAUGCGUCACACGUAAAUCUUAUUUUUGGGAAUGGAAAGACUCAGAGAUCAGGACAUUUGGUUCCAAGAGUACAAGCAUGUUUGGUAUGUUUCAGAAUCAUGCAGAGGGCUUAUGUUAUAUUAGUCCAAUGGUGCUAAAACAGGAAGAGGGAAAAGAAACAUGUAAUUUAGGCAACCGUCUGCUUUCUCCAAGGGUACAAAAAGUACAUAACUUUGACGCAAACCUUCCUGGAUCUUACUUUGCUGUGGUAGACGAAGAGGAGAAUCAAGAUGAAGAUGAAAAUUCAAGUUAUGAAGCAAUGAUGAGUAAAGAGAAUGCACGGGAAAAUGGUGACCGAGUUGUACGACUUUACUCUAGCAUGUCUAAUGACCCCAUAGCGACCUACGAGUCACCGAAACAACCCUUCUUCCCGACAGACGUCUGCUUCUAUAACGAAAAUUUGCUGCUGAUCACUGAUUGGAUGAACGACUGUGUGCACGUGACAAAAGUCAGUUCGACUGGCCUGACGUUCGUCUGGUACCUGCCCGGAAGUGGGAACAUUGUGCGGCCCACAGCUCUGAACCUUGACCUUAACGGCCACCUGCUUAUUGGAUGUGGCGAUGGUUUGGUCCUAAACUAUCUUGCUGACAUUUAUGAAAUGGAUGAUGAUGAUGAUGAUGUAGUUUUAUAGCGCGCUAGUAACCGCAUCACAAAGAUGCGCUCAAUGCGCGGUGAUCCCAGCAGCCA